AUGGAAGGUGAUGGGAGUUUUAUGGUGGAGUCUAAAACCUUCAUCUUCUCAAAGGUAGCUGGUAACGGUUUUCGAAUCACUGAGAGGAACAGAAAAAUGGCUCUGUUUCUCUUCAUUAAUGGGACAUCAGCUUCAUGGGUGGCAAGGAUGGUGGAGGAAGCUCUUGUCUCUCGACGGAGUGAUGGGUUUUUUAGAAAGUUGAGGCUGGGUAAUGGGGUCCUCUUUCUUCAACGGCACAACAACAAUAGAGGAUAUUUUCUGCAUUUGGAGGAAUUCUGGAAUGGCAGGAGGAGGGGCUCUCUGAUUGUCCCUGAAGGUGUGAAGGGAUGUGGCUGGGAAGGUUUCGCUUACCACCUCAAGAAGGUGACUGGGCCUGCGGGGGUGUUUACAGAGGGUAGCUUACGUCGGGGUGGGGUGGCUGGUUAUGGGUUGGAAACAGAGAAACCUCCUGGAAAUGGUGUUUCUUAUGCCUUUGUUCUGAGGUCACCAACAAACUUUCUGAUAGGGGGCAGCUCUGCCAUGGCGUAG